UAAUCAGAUGUCUCUCCCCAAAUCCCAAUCCCCAUAUCAAGCCACGCGACUCAUGACACAGACAUCGCCAUUCUUCUUUUUCUCCCUCUUUCCUUGGAGUCUCUCUGUUUGAUCUGCCCAUUUCUUUCCUCUCUUCCUCUCUUCCUGAUUGUGUCUCGCGAUCGAUCAAAAGCAGCUGAGUUACUGUUUUCCUCCAGAUUGUGUCUCGCAAUCGAUCAAAGUUGAGGAGUUUCACCGUAAAGAAAAAAACAAACAGGAGAUCCCAAUUCGUUUCUGAUGCACGGUUGGGAUGUAUUGUGGGGUGCGUCACCGAGCCAGCCCAGAGUCUCCAGAGUCCGGACAAACUUGCAUCAUGAUACUAAAAACGCAGGCUUGGGCCUGUUUUCCGUGAGUAAUUGUCACUUUGUCAGCACCAAACUGACCUGAAGCCCGUUGCAGCUUGGUCCAUUAAAAAGCCAUUGUGUAAUGUAAGUGGGUCAUGUUGCUUGCUGCUUGGGGCAUCAGCAUAACUACCAUUCAAGUUGAGAGCUUUAGUGGUCUUGUCAAAACAAGCUCAAUAAAGGGAAAACAAAAACGAAAAGAGGGAGAGAAAAGAAAUUGGAGAUCAGUUCGUUCUUCUAGCUUUGAUGGCAGGACCCCAAUCCCAUACAGAAUGUGCGAAUGGCAGUGCUAACACAUCGAUUUUGGCAUCGGAAGGGGUUGAAUUCCUUUUAUCUGCUGAAGGAAAGGUACCCUUGUCAUCGCUUGAACAGAAGACAAUCUAUCUUGUCUUCUCAGCCAAUUGGUGUAGACCAUGUAGAAAUUUCAUUCCACAAUUGGUGCAACUCUACAACACUCUUAGAAAGACAAAUGUAAAGCUAGAGAUCAUCUUUGUUUCCUUUGACCGGGAUGAGAAUGGCUUUAGAGAACACUUCAAGUGCAUGCCAUGGUUGGCACUCCCAUUUGAUGUGAGCUUACGAAGACGGUUGUGUGAUCGCUACCAUGUCGAUCGUAUUCCCUCACUUAUUCCAUUGUGCAUGGAGGGUAAGCUGGUUGAAGAAGAUGCUGUAGAGCUGAUUGAAGAUUAUGGGAUUGAUGCAUUUCCCUUCAGUAAGGAAAGAAGAGAAGAAUUGAAGGCUAUGGACAAUGUGAAGCGCCAAGGAGGGAAGCUGGAGGACCUAUUGGUGCUUGGAGAACGAGAUUUUGUAGUCUCUGGGAGUGGUGAAAAGAUUCCAGUUUCCAGUUUGGUAGGUAAAGCAAUUGGGCUCUAUUUUGGGGCACACUGGUGCCCCCCAUGUCGUGCCUUCACUGCACAACUCACUGAGGCUUACAAUGAACUCAAUACAACCCAAAAUAAAAACCUUGAAAUAAUUUUCAUCUCAACAGAUAGAGACCAAGAGGAAUUUGAUCUCAAUAUUCGUACUAUGCCAUGGCUAGCGAUCCCUUAUGGUGACAGGACCCGCCAAGACCUCUGUCGUAUAUUUGACAUCAAGGGAAUCCCAGCUCUUGUCCUCCUAGGUCCAGAUGGGAAGAUCCUCAACACAAAUGGGAGGGCCUUGAUUUCCUCUUAUGGUGCAAAGGCAUUUCCAUUCACUAAGACAAGGAUAGAUGAGAUUGAAGCUGCAUUGCGAAAGGAAGGGGAUGCAUUGCCCAAGCAAGUGAAGGACUCGAAACACGAACAUAUACUUAAGUUGGAUAUGGCCAAAGCAUAUGUGUGUAACUCCUGCAAGGGGCAAGGGAGAUUCUGGGUGUUUUCUUGCGACAAAUGUGACUACGACCUGCAUCCAACAUGUGUAGAAGAAGCACAUUAGAAUAAUGGAGGGGUCUGCAAAGUUUGUAAGACAGACUCACUUAGUAUAAAUGGACUCCUUUAUGCUAGUAAAUGACAGAAUAUUUGACAGAUUAUAACCCUUCUUUGAAUAUAUUUAGAGACAGAUACACAUAUAGAUCCUUAAUCUCCAUUAGACUAUAAAAUCAAAUUACUAGAUGCGCUUGAUUGUUGGUUGUACCUUGUUCAGUGUUGAGUAUUUGAUUAUGAGAACCAAAUUGAUUAUCUGCA